AUGAAGGCAUUCAAUUGUCUUUUCCGGCAUUCCCAGGCCCAGCGGGCCGCCCGGCAGGUGCAGAAAUGCGCCGCGAAGGCCCGACCCUCCACGAACAUAUCUUCACAACGUCGCCCGAUCUCAAACUCCUCAAGGCUUCGCAGCAAGCAGCCCGGCGAUGAUCCGGGCUUCCAAUCGAUUGUGGACAACCCGCCCGAACUCGUACGGACAGGCAAGCGGCAUGGACCGGGCUUGAUUAUACUUGCUAUCAUACCAGUUACUGCGUUCGCAUUGGGAUCAUGGCAGGUCCAACGGCUAAAAUGGAAGACUGAACUGAUCGCCAAAUGCGAAGACCGCCUCGUCAGGGACCCGCUACCACUCCCUCCCCGCAUCGACCCCGACGCGAUCGCAGACUUCGACUACCGCCGGGUGUAUGCGACGGGGCGCUUCCGGCACGACAAGGAGAUGCUCAUCGGGCCACGGGUGCACGACGGCGAACAAGGCUACAUGGUCGUCACGCCGCUGGAGCGCGAGGGAGGCGAGGGCACGACCGUCCUCGUGAACAGGGGUUGGAUCCCCAAGAGGCUGCAAAGACAGCGCGAUAGACCGGGUGGACUCCCGGAAGGCGAGGUACGGGUAGAGGGCCUCCUGCGGGAGCCGUGGAAGAAGAACAUGUUCACGCCGGAGAACAGACCGGACAAGGGGGAGUUUUACUUCCCGGACGUGCAUCAGAUGGCUCAAUUGACCGGUAGCCAACCGGUGUGGAUUGAAGCGACCAUGGACCCGGACUUGUUCCAGGUCUAUGACUAUCAGGCGCGUGGCGUCCCCAUUGGCCGACCGGCCGAAGUGAACCUGAGGAAUAACCAUGCCCAGUACAUCUUCACCUGGUAA